UAGGAAGAUGUUUUUAAUUUGGAGAAAUACAUUAAACAACAAUUUGCAGAAUGUUACCAGUUUCUCCUAGACAAUGAACAACAACUCAUCCAGCAGCUGAAGAAUGAUGAAGCAAAUACUCUAAAACGGAUGGAAGGAAAUCUCAAGUGCAUUAAACAAGAGAUCGUUACCUACCUUGUGACAGACUCCGAUGGCAACUUGGAGGACAAGAUUAAAGAAGAGGACAGCCUGAAAAUAAUGGAAGAAAAUGUUAAAUCAGUUGAAAAUGAUGCUGUGGCCAUUAACAGCAUUAGUCACAGCAACAUGGAGAUCAGACAACCGGAACCUGUUGGUUUGCUAACAGUACCAGGAACUUUUGAAGAUGUCACUGUUACUUUCUCAGAAGAGGAGUGGAAAUUGUUAAGAAAACAAGAUAAGGAGCUGUACAGGGACGUGAUGGUACAGAACUACGAAACCUGUGUUUCUGUUGGAUACAAAAUUCCUCCAGAGAAGUUAUUACAGCUAUUUAAAGCACAUGAAGUUCUAAAGGAUAUUGUGACGGGAAUAAAUAUCAGGAAGCAGAAGGAUCAUUUUGAAGAUAACUUCAACAGUAUGAAAAGUACAGACUGCAAUGUGAAUUGCAGUCAACAGCCAACACUUGUGAGAUCACAGUUACAUGGCCCUACAAGGAGCCUCCAGCAGAGGUCUCAGCCUGGAAAGGACAUUGAUGAGGUUUAUGUCACUCGUGUACCACAACUUCCAUCAAAGCAUAACUGCCACCAAAACCCUGAAUGUGAUAAUGGAACACCUGCAACACAUUACGCAACAGAGCAUCUACCGCCACGUACUCAGCCAGUGAAGGUGUAUGAUGAGCUUUCUCUUACUCCUACUCCAAGACUUCACUCAGGACAUGGCUGCAGCAGGAGCUCUGAACAUGACACAACUAAGAGAUUAUAUACACAGAAAGAAACGCACAAAUGUGCUGAAUGCAAUAAGUCUUUCACACGGGCCAGUAGCCUGAAAAGGCAUCAAGUCAUUCACACAGGACUGAAACCAUAUAAAUGUACUGAAUGCAGUAAGUGUUUCACACAGCUAAGUAAUCUUCAGGAACAUUACAUCAUUCACACAGGCAUGAAACCACAUAAAUGUACCGAAUGUGGUAAGUCUUUCAUAUGGGCCUCUAAACUGAAAAGGCAUCAAGCCACUCAUACUGGAGCAAAAUCAUAUAAUUGUACCGAAUGCAGUAAGUGUUUCAGCAAACUCGGCAAUCUUCGACGGCAUUAUGUCAUUCACACAGAAGUGAAGUGAUAUGAAUGUACCGAAUUCGGUAAGUGUAUCACGUGUCAUUUAGUAAAUUAAUUGAUAGAAAGGGGGUAUCAUGAAGCUGAUGUAGCUCUGAAAUUAGAAGAGGUCGAUGACCUUAGACAGACUGUAGGUACACUUUCUUAUAUAGGAGAUCGGUGCACACCCGUAAUAACAUCAACAAUAGACCUAGGUGUGUUUUUUCUUUGACAUAUAGUAGUAAUGUUAACUCUGUCUGCGAAGUUGUUAAAUGUAAUUGGUCUGUCUUACGUUCAGAUGACACUAUUUGAGGGAUAGUUGGUUAGGCCCCUAGUUUUAUUUUUAGAAACAAUCUUACAUUAAAAAGGGAUCUCUGUUAUAGACCUUUUAGGAGAUCUAAUAAGAUUCUGAUUAAAUUUGGUACCUUUCCUUGUAGAUCGUGUAAGGCAUGUGAUUUUAUGUCAUGCAGUAAUACUUUUGUUCAUCCAUCUACAUCCAAAUUAUACAAGUUUAAGGUGCAUGCCGACUGCAAGUCAGUUAAUUUAGUUUACCUAGCAACCUGCAUGGACUGCAUUUCUUUAUAUGUAGGUAAGACCAAUCAAAGGUUGAAAGAUCGAGUGUUGCAGCACCUAGGUGAUAUUAGAAGAAUGAGCUGCUUGAAUGCUUUGUAUAAACCUAUUAGAGAUAAUACAGGUCAUUCAUUUAAGUUCACUGUUAUUAGUAUUGUUAGUGAGU